AUGCCUGCUGCCUGGUACCCUAAAAGCCUGCCCUGUGAUGUCACAGUGAAAGGGAUCUCUGUCAAUGUGGACUGCACUGAGCGAAAAUUGAAAGAAAUGCCGAUUGGUAUCCCAGGCAACGUGACCAACAUCACGCUCACCAUCAACCACAUCCCACACAUCGAGACAACCUCCUUCCAGGGGCUGGAGAGCCUAGUAGAGAUCGACUUCCGCUGCAACUGCGUGCCCAUCAAAAUCGGGCCAAAGGACCGGGUGUGCUCAAAGAGUGUGACCAUCGACGACAAAAGCUUCUGGCACCUGAAAAAGCUGAAGUCACUGUAUCUGGAUGGGAACCAGCUCCUCAGCAUCCCCAGAGGCCUUCCCCCAGGCCUCACCCUGCUCAGUCUGGAGGUGAACCACAUCCACAUCAUCCGCAAGAAAGACCUCUCCGAACUCGCCAACAUAGAGGUCCUCUACUUUGGCCAAAACUGUUACUAUCGCAACCCAUGCAACGUUUCGUAUGACAUCGAGAAGGGUGCAUUCUCCCACCUGAUAAACCUCACUGUCUUAUCUCUAAAGGCUAAUAACCUAUCAUAUGUCCCUCAGGAUUUACCAGUCAGUCUCAAAGAACUGUACCUUUACAAUAACAACAUCAGAAACAUCACUGAGGAAGACUUCCGAAAUCUGACCAACCUAGAGACUCUGGAUCUGAGUGGGAAUUGCCCACGUUGUUACAAUGCCCCAUUCCCUUGCACCCCAUGUCCCGGGAAUGGGGACUUGCAUAUUGACAACUCCGCUUUUCAGACGCUGAAUAAAUUGACAACAUUGCGCCUUCACAGUAAUUCUCUCAAGAUGGUCAAAUCAGAAUGGUUUCAAGCUACAGAUAAACUGCAGGUGCUGGACCUCUCAAGCAAUUUCUUGGCAAAACAUAUAACCGACACCACCUUUCCAAUGCAUGUACCUACCCUGGUCGAUCUGGAUCUUUCAUUCAACUAUGAGCUGCAGCAGUACCCAGCUUCACUUAAUCUCAGUUCAAGCUUCUCCAGUUUAACCCUCCUUAAUGUUCUCAGGAUCAGAGGGUUUGUUUUCCAGCAACUGACCAAGAAGGAUAUUCGUCCAUUAAUUGGCCUCCGUCACCUUGAAAGAAUUGAUCUGGGCACAAACUUCAUAAAGAUGACCAACCUCAUGAUCCUAACCGAGCUUAAAAACAUUAAAAUAAUAAUCUUAGACUUAAGUGAGAAUAAGUUUGAUAAAGUGCCCGAUGAGCUUUCCAACUGCACCAAAUCCAUCAAAAAGCUAAUCUUACACCAUAACCAGAUAUCAAAACUUACCCCACACUUUUUAAGAGCUGCAUAUAGCUUAAAAUAUCUGGACCUCAGUUAUAACGAGAUCGAGUAUAUUCAGCGUUCUAGUUUCCCUGAAGAUGUUAUCGAUCAUCUGGAUAUGCUGCUUCUUCAUGGCAAUAAGUUUAUGUGCUCCUGCAAAGCUAUUUGGUUUGUCAUGUGGAUCAACAAGACAAUGGUGAACAUCCCCAAACUGGCAACUGAGGUUAACUGCGCCAAUCCUGGUUACCAAAUAGGCAAGAGUAUCAUUACCCUGAGUGGGGAUUCAUGCCAGCAUAGCUCUCUGUCCAUAAUUCUGUAUGUCUUCCUCACAUCACUGACCCUUGGGGUUCUCACCUUGUCCAUCACUGCCCACCUCUUCCUCUGGGACAUGUGGUACAUCUACUACUUCUGCCUGGCCAAAAUGAAGGGCUACAGCCGUCUGUCCUCGCAAUCCAGCAUAUAUGACGCCUUCAUAAUCUAUGACAAAAAGGACCCAGCCGUGUCAGACUGGGUGAUGGAGGAGCUCCAGGUCAACCUGGAAGAGCAAGGGGACCCUCCUUUGCAGCUCUGCCUGGAGGAGCGUGAUUGGCUCCCUGGGUGUCCAAUCAUCGACAACCUCUGUCAGAGCAUCCAACAGAGCAGGAAGACUGUGUUCGUCCUCACCAAAAAGUAUGUCCUAAGUGGGAACUUCAAGACAGCAUUUUACCUGGCCCACCAACGUCUCUUUGAUGAGAAGGCAGAUGUCAUUCUCCUGAUCUUUCUGGAGAAGCUCCCUCUACGUUCCAAAUACCUCAGGCUUCGGAAGAGGCUGUAUGGGAGAUCUCUAUUGGAAUGGCCAUCAAACCCAAAAGCUCAGCCAUAUUUCUGGCAUUGUCUCCGGAGUGCAAUGGCUAAAGACAGUCACGGCCAGUACAGCAAACUCUUCCAAGAGACUCUUUAACACUCCUUUACAUCCAGUAA